AUUCCGCAAAACAACAGUUAACUUGCAAACGCAUUGUCAGUGUGAAAUCAUUCUCAAUUGCGACGUAGACGAAGCGAUUACUCAGCUCUAGUUUCAGAAAUUUCGUUUAAAUCUAGUGUAAACAACGAGUGAAAAAUGUUGACAAGAUUAUGCUGCAUGCGUCUCAAUACCGCCGGCGUGGUGCUCGGCUGGUUGGGUAUUGUUGGCUCCUUAUUGGGUGUAAUUCUGUUAUCCACCAUUUUGGGAUAUGCUGAUGUUAUUGCUAAGGGAAUUGUCGAUAAGAUGCAACCUGAAGAAGCGACCUAUGAUGAAGUACAUUCAGCUAUUGUCAUCGGAUGCAGCGUUUACUUGGGGAUCAUUCUGCUGAACUUAUUGUCAUCGGCCCUGCUAGUACUUGGCACCAUGAAGGAACGUCAUCUGAUGCUUCUGCCAUGGCUGAUUAAUUCUGCCGUUGGACUUGUCUUUAGCAUUGUUUAUCAUUUGGCUCUAUUUGUCGCCGCGUUCUCCUCUGGCGCCGAUUUCGGACACGUUCUACCUGCUUUGAUACCCACUGCUCUUAUACUAGCUUUGCAAAUCUACAUUUAUAUGGGAAUCUACUCGCUGUUCAAGCAAAUUCAGCAAACACGCGAGCAGCAGCGUCCAUUGAUAACUGCUACACAGGGCAUGGCUGUACCAAAUCAGGGUAAUACCUAUCCCAGCUAUACCAAAAUUUGAAAGCGAAGCAUCAGAGCAAAAGCGAUCAAUUUGGUUCUGCACUACGACACUUAAUACACACAUUCGAACACAGAUACAUAACCACUUCCUUACUUUAUCAACUGUUAUAACAGAGAAAAAAAAAGUCCCCCAUCUAUAUAUAUAUAUAAAAACUUACUUGAAUAUAUGCAGAGCCAUAUGUUGCUCAGAAUUUGUUGUAAA